AUGGGCUCCGUGGACGCCGGGACACACGGGGCGUUUGACGUCAAGUCCGUUGCCGUGAUCGGGGCCGGCCCAUGCGGCCUCGCCGCGGCCAAGUACCUCAAAUGGCAGCCGCCGUCGUCGUCGUCAUCAUCACGGGCAGCAUCUGGGUCCUAUUUUGACAAGAUCACCGUAUUUGAACAGCAACCCCGCGUUGGCGGUGUCUGGUUGUACUCGGCCACGCCGCCGUCGCCGUCGCCGAUCCCGCAGACUUCGGCGCAUGCACCCCCGGACCCUCCCGUGUAUAAUGGCGAAAAGGGUGAUGCUGCUUCUGCACCCAUCUUUCCGAGUCCCAUGUACGAUAGGCUCAACACCAAUAUUCCACAUACCCUGAUGCAAUACUCGGAUUUCCCGUUCACGGACGAACAAGGCCAAACGGCCGAGCAGGGCGGAGACCUGCGCAUCUUUCCCGAGCGCCAAGUCGUGCUGCGGUAUCUGGACGAGUAUACGGAUCAGGCCCAGAUACGCCCACUAAUUCGGUUCUCGACCAGCGUGCUCAAGGUCAGACUGCGCAAAACGGCGGUCCAAGACUCUGGUGCUGGUGAAGCAGCAGCAGUAGCAGCCAGACAGCAAAAGGACCAAUGGGAUAUCACAUCCCGCAAUCUGCUCACGGGCCACGAACAAACCGAAACGUACGACGCCGUCGUCGUCGCGGGCGGCCACUACAACACAACGUAUGUGCCCGACGUCGAGGGCAUCGCGGCCUUUGACCAGGAGCACCGGGGCGUCAUCUCCCACGCCAAGACGUUUCGCUCUCCGGGCGCCUUUGCCGACAAAAAGGUCAUGGUGGUCGGCAACUCGGCGUCGGGUCUCGACAUUGCCGCGCAGAUCAACGCGGUGAGUAGAGGUCCCGUGCUGGUCUCGGUGCAGACCCCCACGUCGGACGAGGCGCGGCGCCACGCUGGGUUCGACGAGGUGGCGGAGAUUGCGCGGUUCCUGCCUGGACCCCGGAGGGCGGUGCUGCUCAAGGACGGGCGCGAGGUGGAGGAUCUAGACGCCAUAUUAUUCUGCACGGGAUACCUAUUCACGUUUCCCUUUUUCGAGGGCAAAGACGGUUUCCUUGGGGCCUCCACCGCAGAGGCAACUGAAUCCGACAACCACAGCAACAACAAGAGUAGUGAUCCCCCUCCUCCACCGCUCAUCACCGACGGCAGACGAGUCCACGGGCUCUGGAAGCACUUUCUGCACAUUCGCCACCCGACGCUCGCGUUCCCGGGCCUGCCCAUCAAGGUGAUCCCGUUUCCCCUGUCCGAGUCGCAGGCGGCCGUCUUUGCCCGGGCGUGGGCCAAUGCGCUCGCGCUCCCGCCGGCGUCCGAGAUGCGCGACUGGGAGAGGCGCGAGGAGGCCGAGCGCUCGCCGCACAAGUACCACGUGUUUCCCGCGCUCGGCGACGCCAGGUACAUUAAUGGUAUCCACGACUGGCUCCGGCAGGAACAACAACAAGGUGGUGGCUGCCAGGGUAAAGAGCCGCCGUACUGGUCGCCUGAAAUGUUUUGGCAGAGGGGCGUGUACGCGCAGGCGCGGAUCAAGUUUGAGCAGGACGGUCGCAAGGCGACGACGCUCGCGGAGCUCGGGUUUGUAUAUGAGCCUGAGAAGGAAGAGGAUGGAUCAAGUCAAGUUGCAGUCCAGCCCGAGGCUGUGAAUACAGAGCCGGGAUUAGACAUUGCUGGAUAG